AUGUCAAGCGAUGACGACUCAGCGAUCUUGCAGGAGGGUCUUUCUGGCUCUUCUGAUCAGUCAAUGUAUCUGAAUAAUCUGGCCAUCAGUCUCCAAGCCAGACUCAAGCAACAGGGUGCCCUGUCUGACCUGGGUGAGGCCAUCGAGCUUUACAGAGUUGUACUUCCAUUGCGUUCCCCUGGUCACCCUGGUCGAUCCACGACUCUCAACAAACUUACCAUCAGCCUUCAUGACAGAUGGAGGCGGCGGGGCUCCCCGUCUGACCUGGAUGAGGCCAUCAAGCUCCACGUUGCCACCCUAGCACUGUGUCCCCUUGUCCAUAUUCCUCAAUUGGAAUAUAUCAACAACCUUGUCACCAGCCUUCGUGACCGAUUUCAGUGGCACGGAACCCUGUCUGAACUGGAAGAUGCCAUCGAGCUCCACAGACCUGCACUCAUAUUCUGUCCACCUCACCAUGCUCUUCGAUCCAACAUAUGA